AUGAUAUAUAUAUGUUCAGACAUCAAAUCAUCGAGUAACCAAGUUAUCAAGCAGCUCGUCGAACAAUCCAUGGAUCUGGAACAGCAGGCCAAGCAGGAGACCCCUCAACCGCCAGACUCGGACCGCAUCGACAUUUCUGAGACCAUUGGCGGUUCUCAAACCCGCAAAUACCUUAACAAGCAUGUAACGCCGGCGUUACUGCGUGGUAUGCGACUCGUGGCCAAAAACCAGCCCGAUGAUCCACUCAAGUUUCUUGGAGACUUCCUUCUUCAAGAAAGCCAGGCGCUAAAAGGCUCUUCGAAAGACCCAGAAACCCUGCCCGAUGCUGCCUAG